UUCUACUGUACGAGUACUAGAGUAACUCUAGACAGAGGCACAGUACCCUCUGUAAUUAUGGGUCGACAUGGUGGCUUCGUUGAUCGCUCUAGGGUGCUUCUAUUUUCUUGCCCCGAAAAUAAUGCCUGCCCAUAGUUUGAAGCUUGGCUGGCGUGGGGAACUGUGUCGGAUCAGCUCAGUCCACCAAAACGCCAGCCAGGUUAGCUUUAUCAUUUGUCGGCGCCGAAUGCAGAAGCAGUAGAUGUUCGAAACUCAUAUAUAGAACUCCGUUCCUGAACUCCUCUUCCCUCUUCCCCAUCUCCCCCACAGAUUCUCUUGUCCAGCGACAACAUUUGGCGGUGACCUCAAAUCCUUACGCAGGAUUGUUGCUGUUGCCCACUACAGGCACUGGUUGUGAUAUAUACCUACAUCCUGCGGACAAUAUCAAACCUUCUUCCACAUAGAUCUCUACCUACCUUGGAUAUGGAGAGAAUUAAGCACUCCAAGGCGGCCCAUUUCGCCAACAAGCUGGCGGUCGAUCAUGAGCCGGGUCUGACCCACACCCAGUUGAUGCUGGUCAACGAAGAUUUGAAGCCUGUCGAGCCUCAGAGACGACUAUGGGGAUCAUGGAACUUUGUCGGUUUCUGGAUUGCGGACAGUUUCAAUAUCAACACAUGGAUGAUUGCUUCGACCAUGAUUACCGGUGGUUUGGCCUGGUGGCAGGCCUGGAUUUGCGUCUGGGUUGGCUACUUCUUCUCCGCAUGUUUCAUUUGUGCUUCUGGUCGUAUCGGUGCCAUGUAUCACAUCGGCUUUCCCGUGGUCGCACGUUCGUCAUUUGGCGUCUGGGGCUCUCUGUGGCCCGUCAUUAACCGUGCUGGCAUGGCUUGCGUGUGGUAUGGCGUACAGUCAUGGAUCGGAGGUGAAUGUGUACGCUUGAUGAUUGCAGCAAUCUGGCCAAGCUUCCGAAAGUACUCCACCCCUUCAGCAGAAACUUCGCCCUACAACACUAUGAAGUCAUCUGGUACAUCUACCGAUUACUUUGUCAGCUUCUUCAUCUUCUGGCUUCUGUCUCUUCCGGCAAUCUGGUUCCCCGUGCACAAGAUUCGUCACCUUUUCACCGUCAAGGCUUACAUCGUCCCCGUUGCUGGUGUCGCAUUCUUGAUUUGGGCCCUGGUCAGGGCUCACGGCGCGGGUCAAGUCAUCCACGAGAGGCCCAAGUUGCAUGGAAGCGCUCUUGCUUGGGCAGUCAUCAACGGCAUCAUGUCCUCAAUCGCCAACUUUGCUACGCUGAUUGUCAAUGAUCCCGACUUUACUCGUUUUUCCAAGCGGCCCAGCUCUGCUCUGUGGUCACAACUCAUCACGAUUCCAUUCGGUUUCGCCAUCACCUCCUUGAUUGGUAUCCUCGUCUCUUCUGCUUCUGCGCUCUUUCCCGAGCAAAAGGGCCAACCGGCUUGGAACCCGCUUGAUGUGCUCGGUGGUUUCCUUGAGAGCGGCACGUCCGGCGACCGAGCUGGCGUCUUCUUCCUCGCCUUUGCAUUUUCGCUGGCGCAAUUGGGCACCAACAUUGCCGCCAACUCUGUUUCCGCAGGAACGGAUAUGACUGCUCUUCUGCCUCGGUUUAUCAACAUUCGCCGUGGUGGUUUCAUUUGCGCAGCUAUUGGUCUGGCCAUGUGCCCUUGGAACCUCCUGUCAAGCUCUAACCAGUUCACGACUUACUUGUCGGCCUACUCCGUCUUCCUUUCCUCAAUUGCCGGUGUCAUCUGCGGUGACUAUUACGCCGUUCGCAAGGGAUACCUGCAGGUCAAGGAUCUGUACAGCGGCCAGAAGACUGGCCCGUACUUCUACACGCUCGGCGUUCACUGGCGCGGCUACGCCGCCUAUAUCUUUGGCAUUCUGAUCAAUGUUGUUGGUUUCGCCGGUGCAGUUGGCCGUGAUGUUCCCUUUGGUGCCACCUAUGUCUACCGCCUCAACUUCUUCUGCGGCUUUAUCGUCGCGUUUGUCACCUACACCGGUCUCUGCUUCGUCUUCCCUGUUGAGGCUACAAGCAAGACCUGGAACGAGCAAGGCGAUCUCGUCACUGACCCCAUUCUGGCGUACGACCCUCAUGCCAGUGGAUACGACGAGGAGACUGUCACCGGCCACAUGCAUCCCAAGGACGAGGAGGCUUAUCGAUCCGCAAAGGGCGUCCCCGAGGUGUAUCCCUAAGUUCACUUUAGACGCACGGCUGCUCAGUCUUGCCCAGUGCCAUUUUGUUUUAGAAAAUUUUGUCUUCUUCUAGUUUCCCUUUUUAUGAUUCCCUUGCACAUAUUGCUUUUGAGCGCGUCUGGUCUCGGAUAGUCCGGACUUGGAUAAACAUCUCGAACCAUUUUCGAGCACUUGUUGGUUUACACGAGAUGGAUGGCAUAGAAUAUCUUGGAAAGAUUUUGAAAGACCGUCUCUUCUAUAGAGAAGAUUGCCAUGGUUUGAUACCUUUUGCUUCAUUUACUUUAUGUACUUUUAUGGAAAGAGCUAGGUUUACCGCAGCGUUGGAUAACAUACCCAACGCGUAAUGGUAGACUUUUAAAAGUGCAAUUAUACAAGAUUUAUUCCCU